AUGAAUUUGACUCUUAUUAGUGCGUACGCCUACUCAGAUUACUCUGUAGUAACCUUGGAGGCAGAUGGUUGGUAUGGACAAAAAGCAUAUUGUCAUUAUUUUGACGCAGAUUGGAAUAAGCUCAAUUAUUCUGUAGAGUCAGAAGUCUUUCCCGAGUUUUCUGUUCAUUGCUGUAGACAUCCUGAAGCAUUCUACAUGGGAAUAACCGAGAGUAAAAACGAUAGAGUGGUUUAUAAAGUACCUGUACUUGAUAGAACAGUGGACAAACCAAUAUACAAGCUUUCGGUGUGCCUCGCACCUAUUUAUGGUAACGAGACCAAAUGGAUGAUGUUGGCAGAGCUGAUUGAGCAUUACAAAUUGCAAGGCGUGCAACAUUUCUACGUUUACAUCAAAGAUAUCGAUGAUUACUCUCGUAUGCUCAUUGAUGACUAUGAGAAGAGUGGCGAAAUAGAAGUGGUGUACUUCAAAAAAGAACAGGAUAGAAUUAUGAUGCAUUGGCAGUUCGUCGGAGUGGUGGUAUAUGUGCUGUUCACUGAAGCUUUCAUCACUGAACUUCGAGUUUGA